AUGGGCUUUUUAAGUCCAGUAUGUGUCCUGUUCUUCUUUCUUGGAGUCAAAGUAUAUUGCCAAUAUGAAAGUUAUCAGUGGGAUGAAGAUUAUGACCAAGAGCCAGAUGAUGUCUACCAACCAGAAUUCCAACUUCGUCAAAACGUAGACUAUGGAGUUCCUUUUCAUCAGUACACUUUAGGCUGUGCCAGGGAAUGCUUCUGUCCACCUAACUUUCCAUCAUCAAUGUACUGUGAUAAUCGCAAACUCAAGACUAUCCCAAACAUUCCAGCACACAUUCAGCAAGUCUAUCUUCAGUUCAAUGAAAUUGAGGCUGUGACUGCAGAUUCACUCAUCAAUGCAACUCAUCUUAAAGAGAUCAAUCUCAGCCACAACAAAAUUAAAUCUCAAAAGAUUGAUCAUGGUGUAUUUGCUAAGUUGUCAAAUCUACUACAACUUCACCUACAUCAUAACAAUUUAGAAGAAUUUCCAUUUCCUCUUCCUAAGUCUUUGGAAAGACUUCUUCUUGGUUACAAUGAGAUCUCCAGAUUGCACACAAAUGCUGUGGACGGGCUAGUAAACUUGACUAUGCUUGAUCUCUGUCAUAAUCAUCUUGAUGAUUCUAUGUUACAGGAAAAAAUCCUUGCCAAAAUGGAAAAAUUAAUGCAGCUCAACCUAUGUAAUAACAGAUUAGAAUCAAUGCCUCCUGGUUUGCCUUCUUCACUUAUGUAUCUGUCCUUAGAAAAUAAUUCAAUUUCAUCUAUACCAGAAAAUUACUUCAAUGAACUUCCAAAGCUUUAUGCUCUAAGAAUGUCACACAACAAACUACAAGACAUCUCGUAUAAUACUUUUAAUCUUCCCAACCUCAUAGAGCUCAAUGUUGGACACAACAAACUGAAGCAAGCAUUCUAUAUCCCAAGAAAUUUAGAGCACCUAUACCUAGAAAACAAUGAAAUUGAAAAUAUCAAUGUUACAGAGAUGUGUCCAUCUGUUGACCCACUACAUUACCAUCAUUUAACAUACAUCCGUGUGGACCAAAAUAAGCUAAAAGAGCCAAUAAACUCAUACAUUCUCCUCUGCUUCCCUCACAUACAUAGUAUUUAUUAUGGUGAACAAAGAAGCACUAAUGGUCAAACAAUACAACUGAAGACUCAAGUUUUCAGGAGAUUUCAAGAUGAUGCUGAUAGUGAAGAUCACGAUGAUUCUCACGAAGGCCCAGAACAAGAAGGAACAGAAGAAAACGUUGACCCUCACUAUUAUGGAAGUCAAUAA